ACGAGGCUUAUCGUGGUUCUAGAUGAAGCUCAAGAGCUUAUUAAUAAUUUUCACAAUAAAUUCAAGAAUACGACUUCCGAAGAUAUAAAAUGCCCAUUAUAUUCGAUUGUAAUUAAAGCAUUUUCGAUACAAG